AUGACUGAUUUUGCCAAAGACAUUGAAUCUCACAGUUUUCAGAAUGUUGACGCUGAAGGAAUUGCUAGUGUGGAUGAUAUGUUCACUCAUUUAAACAUCUCACAAAUCAAACUAUUGAAUUCUGAAUAUCAACAAAAGAUUCAACAAACCAAAGCAGAUCUUCAUAGUUUAGUUGGAAGUAAAUAUCGAGAUUUAAUCAAAAUUGCUGAAGAUAUUGAUCAUAUGUAUGCUGUUAGUAGAAGUUCAGAUACUAAGAUUUCCAAUUUAUCUUAUGAACAAUCGAAAUUCGUGUCAUUUUAUGAUGAUAAUUUUGGGAAAUUUGAUUCUCAAUUAAGAAAUCAACAAGCACAACAAGCGAGAUCUAAUUCAAGAGGAACUAUUGUAAGAAAUAUCAUUAAUAAGAAAUUGGCUAAAUUGGAUCAUAAAAUUACUACCGAUAGAACUAAAUCUCCUUUAUUUCAUACUUCGAAUUUUAUGUAUUAUGCUAAAGUAUUUUAUACAAUUGAACAGACAUUUCCAGAUAUUCUUGAAAAUAAUUCUUCAAUUCAUGAUGAAUUUUAUAAGUUGAAGAAGAACCUAAGUAAUUACUUAGAAUAUGAAAUAGCAAGUUACAAUUUCGUUGAUUCGGUUAUCCAUUCUGCAAACAGAGAUAGAUUUAUAUGGAGUCAAAGAUUGAAACUUGAAGAAUUAGUCACCAAUAACGUUAGUUUACUUCUUCAGGAUGAUUAUGGACUUUUAGAUGACGAGGAUACCUUAGAUGAAGAUGAUAAUGAAGAAGAUGUCGAUUUUUGUUUAGAUAAAUUUGAAAUUGAUGAAGUUGUCAAUUCAAAGAUUGAAUCAUAUGAUAGAAACACACUUCCAAUUAAUAAUUAUUUAUUAACCUAUACCAUCUUGAAUAAAAAUAAUUCAUAA